ACACUUUAUCUUUGGGUAGUGACGAGUGAGAGUUUAGCAAUUAAUUAAUGGCCAUUUCAUAUUACUCAUCUUUGUCCCAUUUCUUCUUCCUCUUCUUUUUUUGCUUCUCCAAGUUUUGCUUCUGCUUCAACCCCAAACACUUGAACUUGUCAACUGGGGCAACCCAUUGGUCACCUGCUGGUGCAACUUGGUAUGGCCCUCCCAAUGGUGCUGGAAGUGAUGGAGGAGCUUGUGGGUAUGGAAGCACAGUGUCACAAUCUCCUUUUGCUUCCAUGAUAACAGCAGCAGGCCCUUCUCUUUACAAAUCUGGCGAAGAGUGUGGAGCUUGUUACCAGAUAAAAUGUACCACACACCCAUCUUGUUCCGGCAAGCCAGUGAGGGUGGUCAUAACAGAUUCAUGCCCGGGAGGUCCCUGCUUGACUGAAUCGGCUCAUUUUGAUCUUAGUGGAACUUCAUUUGGUGCCAUGGCAAUUCCCGGCCAAGAAUACAAACUUCGUGAUGCCGGAGUUCUGCAAAUUAGUUAUGCACGUGUUGCAUGUGAUUAUUCAGGAAAGACCAUAGUGUUCCACGUUGAUCAGGGGUCUAAUCCUGAGUACUUGGCGGUGGUGGUGGAAUUCGAAGGAGGAGAUGGUGAUCUUGCUGGUGUUGAUCUGAAGGAGGCGUCGAGAGGGACAGGUGAGUGGAGGGCAAUGCGACGAUCAUGGGGUGCUGUUUGGAAGCUCGACGCCGGUUCAGCAUUACAACCACCACUUUCUAUCAGAUUAAAAUCGCAGUACUCUGGCCAGACCCUAGUGGCAAGUGAUGUGAUACCAUCUGGGUGGAAGCCUGGUGCAACUUAUCGAUCCAUGGUUAACUACUAAUUUAGUAUACACUUCUUAUCUGAUGAUAUGGUUGCUGCUACUUUACUUCCCUCUAUAGCUUUUGUGUUAUAUCAAUGGCUUUAUGUGAUAUAUCAAUGAUUGUGAGCGUGCAUGGUCUUAUUAUAUAUUUUUUUUAAGUAAUAAGAAUAUGUAAGCUAUAGUAUUUAAAUGGUAUUGUUGUCACUCUUCUAUUUUAAGUACAAUAUAAUCGUGGACUGUGAACCCUCUAUUUUUUAUUUUAUUAUUAUUAUUAUUAUUUUUUGGAUGUGAAUGACCAAGCACUUGAACUGCCACUUGAUGAUAUAUAUAUAUGGAUGUUAAUAUGUAGUGAUUGA